AUGCUGGGUAGCAAGCGACUGGGGCUAUCCGGAAUGACCCUCGCCUUGUCCCUGCUUGUGUGCCUGGGCGCGCUGGCCGAGGCGUACCCCUCCAAGCCAGACAACCCAGGAGAGGACGCGCCGGCAGAGGACAUGGCCAGAUACUAUUCAGCGCUGCGACACUACAUCAACCUCAUCACCAGGCAGAGGUAUGGAAAACGAUCUAGCCCUGAGACACUGAUUUCAGACCUCUUGAUGAGAGAAAGCACAGAAAACGUUCCCAGAACUAGGCUGGAAGACCCUUCUAUGUGGUGAUGGGAAAUGAAACUUGCUCUCCAGUCUUUUCCUAUUUUUCAACCCAUAUUUCAUCCUGUAAAACUAGAGUCUGCCGGUCCUCCCAAUGCAUGCAGCCACUG